AUGCCUUACUUUCUUGACAUUGAAGUUUCUCAAGUGGAUGGUGGAAUAUUUGUUUCACAAAAGAAAUAUGUUGGUGAUAUUCUAGAGAAAUUCAAGAUGAACACUGCCAAGCCAACAAUGACUCCUGUAGAAGAAAAGUUGAAAUUAAUAAAAGAUUGCAUUGGCAAAUUUGUUGAUGCCACGUUUGGAGAUACAAAACUUCCUCUUUUGGUCUACUUACAUGGUGGAGGCUUUUUGAUCAAAUCUGCCUUCUCUCCUACACAUCAUGCGCACCUUAAUGUAGUAGUUGCAGAAGCUGUCAAAUGGGUUGCCCCUCAUUCAAAUGGCGAGGGUCCUGAGGUAUGGCUUAGGGAUUAUGCUAGCUUUGAUAGGGUGUUUUUUGGUGGGGAUAGUGCUGGUGGCAAUUUAGCACAUAACAUGGCAUCAAGGGUAAAGGCCUAUGUUAAAGACAUUUGGCAUUAUGUUCACCCAAAAUCUACGGGGAUUGAUGAUCCAUUGCUGAAUUCUCGUAUGAAACCAAACCUUUUGAGGCUAGGCUUUGUCGUUGCUAAAAAAGUUGGCCACUUUCAUCAACAAGAAUGUUGUGUAGAUGCAUCUUUAAGUGGAUAA